AUGUCAAGAGAAUCCGAUCCUGAGGCCAUCUGCCUCCCAACUGUCGCUGAGAUUGAGGCCGCGACGGAAGUCCUAAGCACGCCAGAUACAUCCGCCAAAGUCGUCCGGGUAAACAAGCAUUUCGCAGUAAAAAUGGGUAACGGUGUACCUCUAAUCGAGGCUGAGAAUAUGAAGUUUCUCGCAGCAAAUAGCAAAGUUCCAGUCCCAAAAGUCUACGCAGCCUUCAGGGACCCCGGCACCAAGAAGACAUAUAUUAUUAUGCAAUAUCUCCAUGGCGAUACUCUUCAAAAACUAUUGCCAUCCCUUACCCAGGCUGAAAAGGCUGCAAUAUGCAACUCGAUUAAAAAUGCGAUAACAGAACUACGGAGUAUACCGCCACCAGGUUACUUCGGGAUGUUAAAUCGCCAGCCUUAUCUUGACGGGGUGUUCUGGACUAAAGCUUUAGAUCCUAAAAUCUCAGGUCCCUUCGAAAAUCAGGAAGAUAUGAAUCUUGCUAUUCUCAGGAGACUUCGCCAGACAGAAUCAGAUCAAUAUAUCCAAUUAUUACGGACUAUGGUUAACCGGACAUUGAAAUGCCAUCGCACUGUUUUUACCCACGGUGAUCUUCAGCCGAAGAAUAUUAUGGUUGAAAGGCUUGGAGAUCGUGACGGAUGCCCGGAAUUUAGGGUCACUCUAUUAGACUGGGAAAGCGCUGGAUGGUACCCGGAGUUCUGGGAUUUCUGCAACGCUACAAUCGCCUGUAGAUUCAAACCCGACUGGCUUGAACUUGUACCUGAUAUACUGGACCAAUAUCCGAUUGAAUUUCUUAUGAUGCAGGUGGUGUAUGCUUCUGUGUUCUACUAG